AUGCAGGCGGAAGCGGCGUCCGGGAUCGAGGGGCGGUGGUGGAGCACGGAGGGGAGGACCCAGCAGCUGAUUGAUUUGGCGCGGGAGUCUUCGCCGCUCUACGUCUACGAUGGACCCUCCGUUGCGCAGGCCCUUUCUCAACUCCGCAGCCUUUCCUCCAUCGAUUCCUUCUUCUACGCCAUCAAGGCCAACCCUCACCCUGACGUGUUGCGCGCUGUGUACGAGGCCGGGUUCGGGUUCGAAUGCGUGAGCCCCGGCGAAGUGAAGCAC